AAUCAGAACAGCAAAGGGGAAAGGAAGAGAUGAGAGAGAAACACAGAUAGAACAGAAGAAAGAAAAGACAGUGUGAGGAGAGAGAAAGCUACACAAAAAUGUCAGACGAAGCUUAGAGAGAAACCAUUGCAGAAGAAUCGUUCUUCCAUGGAAAGACCCAUUUCCGUUUCUUCCCAGAUGAAUCCGAGCAAAAUUGAAGAGGAUCUCUUCCAUCACCACCGUCUACACGAUGAUCUGAACCCACUUGCGAACCAGAUCAUUGAAUCUCAGCCAUCCAUUUCGAAUUCGCAUCACGGUGAGCCGACGUUCUCCUUGCCGGAAAUCGUGCUCUUCCGGUCGCCGUCUCCGUCGUCUCCAAGCCACUCGUCAUCUGAAGAUUCGCCGACUCACUCCACUUGGCUGAGUCAACUCGCUCCGAACCCUACAUCGACUUCUCAAAAUAUUCACGAACCACCUCUCUAUAUCUCGCCGGAGCCUCACAUAUCGUCUCAGUUUUACACGUUUAAUCCAGAAUCGCACUCGCUGAUGAUCCGUUGCAUUCUCGAGAACCGCCUCGCGACGCCGAGUGAAAUACGCCUCGCCACGUCGCGCUCCGUUCUCAAGUCGUGGCGGACGGUGUGGAAGGACCGGAACGAGGACACCGCGUAUCUUACGGCGUGGAAGAGAAUCCAGGACAAACUCACGGCGACGGUCGACGAAAAUGGUAACGAAUUUCUCUGUUUCAAGAACAAUACUCAGCAAUUCGUUUCACAUAUUAGUCAAUGGCAGGACAUUGUUACGAGUUUUCAUGGAGAUACGGAUUUGAAACAUUUAGGGUUGAAGGAAACCAUAGAGAGAAUUAAGCAGGUUUGGACUGUAGGUGCUAAAUUUUAUGGGAUUCCUGAGAGUUACAUUAGGGUUUGUGUUGCUGCUUGCCAUGUUUGUAAUUCAGCCUCCUCGGCGUCAGGUUCGAGGAGUAAGCGUCGGAAGUUUGAGUAUACGGAUACUCUGGAGGUGCCUGCAAAGGAAGUGCCUUCCAAGCUUCAGCAAUUGGCUGCUAAACAUAAGGUGGUGCUUUGCAUUAGGCAGAAGUAUAUUAGGUAUAAGCCUUUCAUGGCGGAGGUUAAGGACUAUGCUUGUCAUAGGGCAGGGGAGCCUGCUACAAAGAAGGCAAAGGUUUUGAAAAGAGAGCCAUAUGCAUCAAAGAGAUGCGGGUGUGGAUUCCGAAUUCGGGCCAUUGUACCUAUUACCAAUUACAAUGACAAGGACAAGACCUUUGUGUAUCUGGAUGAGGGUAUGGCGGUGUUUAAGUUGUAUGCUGUGCAUUCGGGGCAUGAACCCGGGCCACUGGAUGGAAAUGCGAGAAUUAUGCAUCGCGUGAUCGGACACAAAGGUGGCCUGUUAAUGGAUCGUGAUACAGUGUAUGGGGUGACUGAUGAAAUGGAAAAUGAAGGAUUUAGAUUGAUGGGGAAGGAUGAGGGAGAUUUGCAGCUUUCAAUCUUUCAGCAGGUGCAUGAGGUGAGAAAUGAGCUUGACUUGUUAGAAGGGAAACUUAUGAAGGUCCCACACGAGCUAUUGGGUUCAGUGUCUCGUGAUUUGUUUGAUGUUUUAAAUAAACUUAGGAGUAUAAGGGAAGAGAAAUUGGAGCCAAUCGAGUUGCUUGCAGAUAAGCCUCAUUCAGACGAUGUGUUAGAUGGGGAGAAUGAUUUGGCACAUUGGAGCAAUCACCAUCACGAACGCUUAUAUGGGGAUGGCAAAGAUGGUGAAUUGAUCGAGGACAACGUAGACAGUUUUGGCCACUCCCUGCGGGACGUUGUUCCUUGGGAGGACCAUAUGAGGACCGACUGUAGAAAUCCGAAAGAACUGACAAGCGACCCUUGCAAACCUGAAAGAUGGUUUAAAUGCACUGACUUUAACGAUAAAAACAUUCUCGGCUGUGAGGAUACAAAACUCAUCAAACCCAUGAGACACGACGAGAGCAUGGUGGCAGAUGUAGGUCUUGUCGGUAUUCAUGUUGACGGAUUUUACCCUGAGAACCCUAAAUGGUAUGAUUCUCCUUGUGAUCUAGACUCUAAUGCAGAUUGUGGAGAUAGUGGAUUUAAGCCCGGGGAAAUCGUUUAAGCUCUCGAAGAGCCCCGUGACCUUCUCUAGUAUAGUCAUGAGCUUAUGGUUCUCUCACUUGCACAUUCCCUCUGCUGGAAUCGGGACGGGGGACUGUAAAUUAUGUAUACAGGAGAUCGAAGCCUCAAGUGAGCAUUCUGGCAUCCUUGUUCAAUGUAUUUUUGUAAAGUUUGGCUAACUGAUUACUCUACACAGACUCUACUCAACAGUAUUUGUUACCCCUGGUCUGGGCCUUCAAAUUUUUUUGAUACCACUGACCAUUUCUAUCCAAUCUCGUUCCGUUACUUAUUCGGAUACGUGGUGAUAUUUUUAUUUCUUUUUUUCUCUUUUAGCUCUUUUCGAUAUGCUUUGUCACACAUUGCUUUGUGCAUUUCUGCACUUUCUGCUCUCUAUAUUCCAGUGUUCGAUAACUCAAGACAUUCGAUUCUCUUAUGUAUACUUCAUGGUGGGCUGGUUUUAGAUGCAGGAUGUAUAGGCUGCUAUCUGUACAAAUCUCUGGUCUCUCCCCUCCACUAGAAGAAUGAGUGGGAGAGAGCUCUGUGAUGUGUUGACAUUUUAUUUAAAUGUUCUUCAGAAUUAUCAAUAUUUUGUUUAUGUUAAAGAUGUAAAGAGGAUUCUUAUGCAUCCCAUUGAAUCUGUAAUCAUCGAUGACUAUAUGCUUGAAUUUAGCUUUUACAUCAAAUCUUGGCUGUUCGAGUUAUGAGGUCAGCUGUUCUGAA